UCCGGCACGCUCCAGGAAGUCGUGCUGCGGAGCCAAAUUUGAAGCGAGCGGAGGCGCGGGGGCGCGUCUACGAAGCUGGACCUGUAGCAGUUUCUUUGGCUGCCUGGGCCCCUUGAGUCCAGCCAUCAUGCCUAUCCGUGCUCUGUGCACUAUCUGCUCCGACUUCUUCGAUCACUCCCGCGACGUGGCCGCCAUCCACUGCGGCCACACCUUCCACUUGCAGUGCCUAAUUCAGUGGUUUGAGACAGCACCAAGUCGGACCUGCCCACAGUGCCGAAUCCAGGUUGGCAAAAGAACCAUUAUCAAUAAGCUCUUCUUUGAUCUUGCCCAGGAGGAGGAGAAUGUCUUGGAUGCAGAAUUCUUAAAGAAUGAACUGGACAAUAUCAGAGCCCAGCUUUCCCAGAAAGACAAGGAGAAACGAGACAGCCAGGUCAUCAUCGACACUCUGCGGGAUACGCUGGAAGAACGCAAUGCUACUGUGGUAUCUCUGCAGCAGGCCUUGGGCAAGGCCGAGAUGCUGUGCUCCACACUGAAAAAGCAGAUGAAGUACUUAGAGCAGCAGCAGGAUGAGACCAAACAAGCGCAAGAGGAGGCCCGCCGACUCAGGAGCAAGAUGAAGACCAUGGAGCAGAUUGAGCUUCUACUCCAGAGCCAGCGCCCUGAGGUGGAGGAGAUGAUCCGAGACAUGGGUGUGGGACAGUCAGCGGUGGAACAGCUGGCUGUGUACUGUGUGUCUCUCAAGAAAGAGUAUGAGAAUCUAAAAGAGGCACGGAAGGCCUCAGGGGAGCUGGCUGACAAGCUGAGGAAGGAUUUGUUUUCCUCCAGAAGCAAGUUGCAGACAGUCUACUCUGAAUUGGAUCAGGCCAAGUUAGAACUGAAGUCAGCCCAGAAGGACUUACAGAGUGCUGACAAGGAAAUCAUGAGCCUGAAAAAGAAGCUAACGAUGCUGCAGGAAACCUUGAACCUGCCACCAGUGGCCAGUGAGACUGUCGACCGCCUGGUUUUAGAGAGCCCAGCCCCUGUGGAGGUGAAUCUGAAGCUCCGCCAGCCAUCCUUCCGUGAUGAUAUUGAUCUCAAUGCUACCUUUGAUGUGGAUACUCCCCCAGCUCGGCCCUCCAGCUCCCAGCAUGGUUACUCCAAAAAACUUUGCCUAGAGAAGUCACACUCCCCAAUUCAGGAUGUCCCCAAGAAGAUAUGCAAAGGCCCCAAGAAGUCAUCAAGUCUGGCCCUGGGGUCUUCCCUGCAGAAGUCCCAGCUCUCACCGGGUGGCCAGAGCUGUGCAGGAGAGCCAGAUGAGGAACUGGUUGGUGCCUUCCCUAUUUUUGUCCGGAAUGCCAUCCUGGGCCAGAAACAGCCCAAGAGGCCCAGGUCAGAGUCCUCUUGCAGCAAAGAUGUGGUAAGGACAGGCUUCGAUGGGCUUGGUGGCCGGACAAAAUUCAUCCAGCCUACUGACACAGUCAUGAUCCGCCCAUUGCCCGUUAAGCCCAAGACCAAGGCUAAGCAGAGAGUGAGGGUGAAGACAGUGCCUUCUCUCUCCCAGGCCAAGCUGGACACCUUCCUGUGGUCGUGAGAACAGUGAGUCUGACCAGUGGCCAGACACAUGCCUGCAACUUGUAGGUCAAGGACUCUCCAGGCAGGGGGUUUUGUGGGCAGAGCCCCACUUUCAGGACCAGCCUGAGGCGUAAGGGCAGACAAACAGGUGAGGGUGAGUGUGACACCCAGAGACUGCUCUUCCUGCCCUCACCCUGCCCCACUCCUAUGACUGGGAGCUGACAUGACCAGCCCACUGAUCCUGUGAGCAGGGCCUGCUCCUGUUGCCAGGCUCCUGUUUAUAGCCAUGAUCAGAUGUGGUCAGACUCUUUCUGGGCCUGGAGACCACGGUCACUUGUUGACUGUCUCUGUGGACCAGAGUGCUUGAGGCAUCUCAGGCAGCCUCAGCCUGAGCUUCUACCUGCCUUUGACUUGCUUCUAGGCACAGGCCAAGCAGGGUGGGGAAUGGAGGAUAGCAUGGGAUGUAUGGAGAGGAUGGAAGAUUUUCAUGUAAAAUAAAAUAAAAAAAAAAAAAAAAA